UGCUAAUCUAUACGUUUACAGCUCAAUGCACAAUGCAUUUAUACAUGACACAUACAUAUUUGUAGAAUGUUCCAAUAAUUUAUACAAUAUUUUGGUAACAGGACCGUGCCCCAGAAAAUGAAUAAUGCGUAAAGUGUUCAUGUUAAAUAAUUUUAGUGAAAAUGAAGAAAGUCCGAGAUUUUCAGGAGAUAUAAUACAAAAUUUAAGACGCGCAAUUCUUGCCCCACCUGAAUAUAAGAAAAAUAUUCAAGAGGCUUUACAAAACGUUGAUUUCAAAUUUCAUAGAAGAUGCAGCUACGCCAAUCUUAUUAGGGAGUGUAAUGUAGCAGAAGGACAGACCUUGCUGAUUUUCUGGGGCUACGGCACCUCCGACAGCGGAAUAACGAUCAUGUCAGCUUCCAGCAGCACCUCAAUCCUCAUGUCACCAGGAACGCAAGGCAACCUGCCGCUGCGCUCCACGGGCCAGCAGACCGACAUCAGCUGCGGCUACUCCAGCUUCGCCUCGCCAGUGCUAGUGGGCGAGGCGGAGUCGCAGCGCGCGCUGCGCGAGCGGCUGGCGGACUCGCUGACGUACGCCGCACCGCCCUCCCCGCCACCCGCCCACCGCUCCGCCUCCAUCCUGGGCUCCGUGUGCGCGCUGCUGCUGAGGAAACAGGGUUCUUCCGGGGCGGGUGCGAUCGCGGGCAAGGAGGCGAGCGGCGCGCGCAGCCGGCAGUCGGGCAGCAUCUGCCGCAUCUGUUUCGGUGGAGCGUCGCGCGAGCGGCUGGCGCGGCCGUGUGCUUGCCGCGGCACCGUGGCCGCCGUGCACCGCUCCUGCCUCGAGCGCUGGCUGCUGCAGGCCGCCACCUCGCACUGCGAGCUGUGUCGCUACCACUACGUCGUCACCAGGACGCACAAAUGGUCGUGGUGGCGCGCGGCGCUGGCGUGGGCGCGAGGCGGGGGGGCGCGCGCGCUGCUGGCGGACGCGAGCCGCGGCGCGGCGCUGGCGGCGGGCGCGCUGCUGGGCACGGCGCGGGCGCUGCGGGCGUGCGACGCGGCGCUGCAGGCGGGCGCGAGGCGCGGCGGCCUGCCCGCGCUUGCCGCCAACGUCUUCUCCUCGCUCCUCAUAGGACUCGUCGUAACUAUGUGUACGGUGUAA